CUGAGUCUGUUCUUGGCAUGAAUCACACGCGCAUGAUGAUUUCCAGGCUCUUGAAGUGAGGAUAACGGGAAAAGAGAGAGAAAGGGAUUGGCAAAUUGAAAACAGUAAAAAUGGCUGGAUUAUCAGUACAGAAUUUGGAGACCUUGGAUAUCUCCAAAUUGACACCUGACUCACCUGAAAUUAUUAGUCGUCAGGCCACUGUCAACAUUGGCACAAUUGGUCAUGUUGCCCAUGGAAAGUCAACUGUAGUAAAAGCUAUCUCCGGCGUCCAGACUGUCAGAUUCAAGAAUGAACUUGAGCGUAACAUCACGAUCAAGCUCGGAUAUGCCAAUGCUAAGAUCUACAAGUGCAACAAUGCCAGAUGCCCUCCACCUGCAUGUUUCCGCUCCCAAGGUAGCAACAAGGAAGACUUAUUCCCUUGCGAUCGGCCGGGUUGUACCGGUAGCUUUGAGCUGAAGCGACAUGUGUCAUUCGUUGAUUGCCCUGGUCACGACAUCUUGAUGGCGACCAUGUUGAACGGUGCAGCUGUGAUGGAUGCUGCUCUGCUUUUAAUCGCUGGUAAUGAAACUUGUCCGCAACCUCAGACAUCGGAACAUCUCGCAGCCAUUGAGAUUAUGAAGCUGAAGCAUAUCAUUAUUUUGCAGAAUAAGAUUGAUUUGGUCAAGGAAAAUGUCGCUCUGGAGCAGCACCAGCAGAUCCUGAAGUUUAUUCAAGGUACCGUCGCAGAAGGCUCUCCAGUCAUCCCCAUCUCUGCUCAGUUGAAGUACAACAUUGAGGUGGUGUGCGAGUACCUUUGCCGCAAAAUUCCCACGCCGGAGAGAAAUUUCACCGCCGCACCUCACUUAAUCGUUAUCCGAUCAUUCGACGUGAACAAGCCCGGUUGCGAAGUUGAAGACUUGAAGGGUGGUGUUGCUGGAGGCAGUAUCCUGAAGGGUGUUCUCAAGGUCGGCCAAGAGUGUGAGGUCAGACCUGGAAUGGUGUGGAAAGACAACGAAGGAAAGGUCCACUGCCGGACAAUCCUGUCCAAGAUCGUCUCGCUCUAUGCCGAACAGAAUGACCUGCAGUAUGCUGUACCUGGCGGUCUCAUCGGUGUGGGAAUGAAGAUUGACCCAACACUUUGCCGUGCAGAUCGACUCGUUGGUCAGGUCCUUGGUGGAGUUGGUGCAUUGCCCGACAUCUUCACCGAGUUGGAAAUCUCAUAUUUCCUGCUGCGCCGCUUGCUCGGUGUGCGGACGGAAGGUGACAAGAAGGGUGCCAAGGUGGCGAAGUUGACCAAGGGUGAGGUGUUGAUGGUCAACAUUGGAUCAUUAAGUACCGGUGGCCGUGUCCUAGCUAUCCGUGCCGAUUUGGCCAAGAUUGCCCUAACACAGCCAGUGUGCACACAGAAGGGUGAACGUAUCGCUCUCAGUCGGCGCGUUGAGAAGCACUGGAGAUUGAUCGGCUGGGGACAGAUCCAGAGAGGAGUCACAAUCAAGGCAGAUGAGGCCGGUUUUGAACACAACUAGACACUUCUUGAUAUUCUCUCAUAUUUUUUACUUGUAGAUCUACCGGGAUGAGACAAAAAACAGUGGACAAAAUUCUGACCUUGAUUUUUGCAGAAAAUGUUAGAUGUGUGCUCCUACAACCCUCCUCUGUCGAGUAAUUCUAGGGCAUUUUUGUUAGUGUAAAGUCGAUGGCGGGUAGGAUGCCACAUCUUAAAAUGAUAUUGAUUUGAAGCAAUUGA